CUCAUGCGCUCUGAGAAGAGUGCUGAUUCGUUGCUACGGCGAAGUGGUUGGUUGUUGCAGUAAUGGCUUCUUUUACAAAAGAAGGCUUCCUGUCGCCCUUUAAAUCUUUUGCUACUCAAGCAGUACAUGUGGGACAAGAGCCCGAACAGUGGCAGUGCCUCGCUGUUGUACCUCCAAUAUCUCUGUCAACGACGUUCAAACAGCAUGAACCCGGAAAGCCCGCGGCUUUUGAAUAUAGUCGCUCUGGAAACCCAACACGGAAUUGCCUUGAGACAGCUGUGGCUGCCCUGGAUGAGGCCAAAUAUAGUUUUGCUUUUGCAUCUGGUCUGGCAGCUACAAUGACAAUUGCACAUCUUUUGAAGUGCGGCGACAAUAUAGUUUGCAUGAAUGAUGUUUAUGGAGGCACCAAUCGGUACUUCAGAGAAGUAGCCCAAACUAUGGGCUUGACUGUGUCUUUUAUAGACUGCACAGAUCUGGAGUGUUUGAAGUCUGCUAUCAAACCAGAAACAAAGAUGGUUUGGAUUGAAACCCCUACAAAUCCCAUGAUGAAGUUGGUUGAUAUUAAAAGUUGUGCUGAAAUUGCCCACACAAAAAGUCAAGAUGUGAUUGUGGUCGUAGACAACACCUUCAUGUCUGCCUACUUCCAGCGUCCAUUAGCCCUGGGAGCUGAUAUUUGCAUGUACUCUGCAACUAAAUAUAUGAAUGGUCACAGUGAUGUCGUCAUGGGUCUAGCGUCUGUAAUCUGCAGUGACCUCGCUGAAAGAAUAAAGUUUUUGCAGAAUGCUAUUGGAGCAGUUCCAUCACCAUUUGACUGCUACCUCUGCCUCCGAGGCCUGAAGACUCUGAAUUUGAGAAUGGAGCAGCAUUUCAAAAAUGCAAUGGCAGUCGCCAGCUUUUUAGAAGCUAGCCCUUAUGUGGAGAAAGUUAUUUAUCCAGGCCUCCCUUCACAUCCCCAGCAUGAGCUGAUGAAACGGCAGUGCACAGGCUGCCCAGGAAUGAUCACAUUUUAUGUUCGGGGAGACCUUAAAACAGCCACAGCUUUUCUGAAAAAUUUGAAGGUUUUUGCACUGGCUGAGAGUUUAGGAGGUUAUGAAAGUUUAGCAGAACAUCCGGCCAUCAUGACUCAUGCGUCUGUCCCUGAAGAAGACAGAAAAGUACUUGGUAUAAGUGAUAAUUUAAUCAGACUGUCAGUCGGCCUGGAAGACGUGGAGGACAUUAUUAAAGACCUGGAUCAAGCACUGAGGAUUGCAAAUAUCGAAGAUCGCAACUGAAAGCAAUCCCAAGCAUAUAAAAACCAACCAUUAACAUAAUCCAGAAGAAUAAAUAGAAGCCAAAAAGCCUGGUACUUCUCAACUACUGACAUGGAAUUAUAACAGAGUUAAGAUUUCAGCAAUUUUCUUGUAUGGUCUGUAAUUAUUGGUCUCUUAAUUUUUUGCUUCAUGAAAAGGAGCUUUGCUUAUACUAUAAUAUGAACUUUGUUUUAAGGGAUAAUUUUAUUUAACUUGUACACUUCCGUACUGUUUUAUAUCCACACAAAAUGUACUGUAAUAUAUGUUUAAUAAAGGCUUUUAACAAUGCA